GUGGAGCCAUGUUGUUGGAUGACGUACACGACGCAUCGAGACACACAGGCCACGCUUCAAAUCCUUGACCGCGCUGAAAUGGACGCGAGCGAGUGCACCGACGUGGAACUCUACAAGCGCUUCGGCCUGGACGAAAAGUACGAAGACAACGAGCUCUCCUGUUGGCAGCGCGUUCGACCAAAGAUUUGGGCCACAUUUGAGGUUCCGCACUCGUCGCUGGCAGCAAAGCACGAAACCAACGGCAGGGAACACGUCGAAUUGGAUGAUCUCAUUUCUUACUACCUGGUUAUUCCAACAGUGCGACCUCUCUUCAACGGCCAACUGUUCCCACCGGAUUCGGCAGUCUGUACUUUCUAG